CCGGAGCUCUCCUCUUCUCCUCCUCCUCACUUCUCGCUCUGUUCUGUUUCUCCGGGAACCCGGUGGCGGUGGCGCGGCGGAAAAGAUGAUCGCGCGCGGCCUGCUCCGAUCGAACGCCUCCCCUUCCUCACAGGCAAUCAACUUAUUGAAGUAUGUGACUAGCAAUGGAAGCCUCCAAGGGCAUGCACAAAAUUUAGGGGAUGCAUCCAGACAUUUCAGUUCAGUACCAUCUCCUCAGUCCAACUCAACUGAAGAGAAUGGGUUUAAGGGGCAUGGCAUGUUGGCGCCAUUCACAGCUGGUUGGCAGAGCACCGAUGUUCAUCCGUUGGUUAUUGAAAGAUCCGAGGGUUCGUAUGUUUAUGAUAUUGAGGGGAAGAAGUAUCUAGAUUCUCUUGCAGGACUAUGGUGUACAGCUUUAGGUGGCAGUGAACCUCGAUUAGUCAAAGCUGCAACUGAGCAAUUACACAAGUUGCCGUUCUAUCACUCAUUUUGGAAUCGUACGACAAAACCAUCUCUGGAUCUUGCAAAGGAAAUGCUUAGCAUAUUCACUGCAAGGGAAAUGGGAAAAGUGUUCUUUACAAAUAGUGGUUCAGAAGCAAAUGAUUCUCAGGUAAAACUGGUGUGGUAUUAUAACAAUGCAUUGGGAAGACCAGACAAGAAGAAAUUUAUUGCACGAUCAAAAUCAUACCAUGGAUCAACGCUAAUAUCAGCUAGUCUAUCCGGUCUUCCUGCAUUGCACCAGAAGUUUGAUCUACCAGCGCCUUUUGUUCUGCACACAGACUGUCCUCACUAUUGGCGGUUCCAUCUUCCUGGUGAAACAGAAGAGGAAUUUGCAACUAGACUUGCCAAUAAUUUAGAGAACCUUAUCCUCAAAGAAGGACCAGAAACAAUUGCUGCAUUCAUUGCAGAGCCUGUGAUGGGUGCUGGUGGUGUCAUACCUCCUCCAAAGACCUAUUUUGAAAAGGUCCAAGCGAUCGUUAAGAAGUAUGACAUCCUUUUCAUAGCAGAUGAGGUCAUUACCGCAUUUGGAAGGUUGGGAACCAUGUUUGGAUGCGAUAUGUUUAACGUCAAGCCAGAUCUAGUAUCCGUGGCCAAGGCGCUUUCAUCUGCCUAUGUGCCCAUUGGAGCAACUCUGGUUAGCCCGGAAAUAUCAGAUGUUAUUCAUUCUCAGAGCAAUAAGCUCGGUUCAUUUGCUCAUGGCUUUACAUACUCUGGCCAUCCAGUUGCUUGUGCUGUCGCUUUAGAAGCCCUGAAAAUUUAUCAGGAAAGGAAUAUUCCUGAUCAUGUGAAGCAAAUUUCUCCAAGGUUCCAGGAGGGAGUCAAGGCCUUUGCGGGAAGUCCAAUUAUUGGAGAGAUACGCGGUGUAGGGUUGAUACUUGGAACUGAAUUUGCCGACAACAAAUCACCGAAUGAUCCAUUCCCUGCUGAAUGGGGCGUCGGUGCAAUCUUUGGAGCGGAGUGCCAGAAGCGCGGCAUGCUGGUUAGGGUUGCCGGAGACAAUAUCAUGAUGUCACCGCCAUUGAUAAUGACCCCUGAUGAAGUGGAGGAGCUGGUGAGCAUCUACGGAGCUGCACUCAAGGCCACCGAGGAGAGGGUGGCAGAGCUGAAAUCCAAGAAGACGAAUUAGUCGAGGUGACAGAACGAGAUGAUGAUGAUGAUGCUGGCUUGGGCAUCGACGACGACGAUUAUGAUGUUCUUGGAGGAUGUACAGAGCAAUAAUCCCUCGCUGUCAGAAACCUAUUCAGAGAAUGGAAAUAAUGCACCACAGCGAACGCUGUUCUUGGCGUGCAAAAUAGCAAUUGUGCAUCUGUACCAGAUUACAGUCUUACACAUGGGAUUAGAUGCCAUGCUGACUGUCAUCUUGUAUACCCAAUUACUACUAGUAGGUAGGAAUAAAUCAAGUUUUCAUAAUUUUUUCUUCGAGUAUAUCAAAACUUUAUAUACACUUCUAUUGAGAAAGCAGCAGCACAUCGAUGCAUUGACUGCUCAGAACCAACAAAAAGCUGCACAAUAAAAGUGAAAAAAAAAGAGAGAGAGAAGAUGGAGCAUUUGCACA